AUGCUAGAAAAUGUGAAUCCAAUUCUAUUCCCAGUGCGUCCGCGUAUAGCUCCCAUUCACCGGCUAAAAUUGGACGAUUGGGACGGAUCUCGUCAACCGAUUGACAGUGGGGAAGUAUUUGAACACAUUCGAGACAUUCGGGAUCCAGAACAUCCACACAGUCUGGAAGUGCUAGGUGUGGUAUCCGAAGAGGGUGUGGAAGUGGACGACGAGAAUGGCCGUGUCACAGUCCGGUACACGCCGACCAUUCCCGGUUGUAGCAUGGCCACAUUGAUCGGGUUGGCUAUCAAAGUCAAACUGCUUCGUUCACUCCCGAGGAGGUUCAAGACCAGAGUUUACAUCACCCCGGGUUCGCAUGAUACGGAAGAAGAGAUAAACAAACAACUGGCCGAUAAGGAACGCGUUGCGGCCGCGCUGGAGAACCCGGCCUUGUUAAAACUGGUGAAUCAAUGUCUGACUCCGACCGACCAGGACGGUUCGUCGGAUGCAGAGAAAGGAAACGAGGAAUGA